AUUAUUCAACAAUGGAAAAAAAAGUGUAGGACUAAGCCAAAUACUGAAUAUGGAUGAACUCAUCUGGUAUUUUAUGUGCCAAGUAACAGAAGUGUUGCCACGAAAAGCACUGAACUGCAACCACAAAGACAAGUGGACAUGAAGAAAUCAACAAAACUAUUGUCAUUUCAUGUUGUGCUGACAGUACUAAACUUUAAUCCAAUGAUCGUUUUCAAGUGCAAAGCAAUGCCAAAACCUGAAAUACUGCCAGGUGGUGGUGUUCAUGUACAUGACAAGGAUUGGGUGGACGAGGCUGGUAUGAAAUUAUGGAUUAGCAUAGAGUGGGAGAGAAGGAACGGUGCUUUAUUGAAGAAGAGUUGUCUUCUUGUGCUAGAUCAGUUUAGUAGGCAUUUGAAGAAGUUUGUGAAAGAGAAAUUGGGGCAGGGAAAUACAGAGCUUGUUUUUAUUCUGGGAGGACUUAACUUCACUGUCGCAGCCUCUUGAUAUCUUGAUAAAUAAACCAUUUAAAGUGUGUUGUGAGAGAGGAAUGGAACAAAUGAAUGAUUGAUGAAACCUAACAUAAAUUCAUGCUGAAGGGAGCUUUAAACUUUAACUCGUGAGGUGACUUUUCUGUAACAUAUAUCACGAGGGGGAGUCUCUAGGACCCCUAUGUUUAAACUGAGAUUUAAGGCAAAAAUCAUAUGAAAUUGUUAAUUUAUGCUAUGUAACAUUUAUUUUCACAAUUAUUUAAGUGUUGUUUAAAUGCUUCUAGUUUAUUUUAUUGCACUAAACAAAGCCUACAGCAUUUUACUAUUUAUCACAAAAAAGCACAUAAUUUUGUGUGGUUAUUUUAAAUAUUAUACAUAAAUGGGCUGUUAGAGUACUGAAUUUUACAUUAUGAAAAAUUAUACAAAAAUUUGCGCAUUAAGAUUCCACCCGAUAGCUACAAAAAGAAACUCUUGUCACAUUCACAUGGACUGCUGGAAACUUGUUAUCACCAUUCAGAACACAUUUCAUUUUAACAGACACUUUAAGUAUUUCAUUGAAAAAAAAAACACCCAAAUCCCCAUGACAACUUUCCUGAAGUUCUUCAUCUGAAUGAUACUCUUGUUCACUAUCAGAACUAUGAUCACUGGCUAAUGUAAAAUAUUAGUCUUUUUCGUUUAGUUCUUGAUCUAUAUCACUGACACCUUCUUACAUAUACCGACUAACAAUUUCAUCAAACUCGGGAAAGUUAAAACUGACAAAUUUGAGCUAUAUGGUACUGUACUAAGGAAAACAGGUAUGCAGUUCAUGAGGUGUGGUCUAGGAGACUCCAACACAUAUCAGUAACAUGUGUCAGCAAUAAACACAGAAGGCAUAAUGCAACUGACAGCAAAAAAUCAUAGGCUUGGCAAUUUAAGGAGGGUAGGGGGAGUAUAAGAGCAUUGCACAACAAUUGGCCUUGGAGAGCGAGUUCCGAAAAUUUUCACGCAGCCUGAGAGACCACACCUCGUGAAUUAAGGGUUUAAAUUGACCUACAAACAAGUGUGCCAGUGGAUAAAACAGUUGUGGUCUAGAGUGAGAGAAGACAUUGUUGUUAAAUCUUUCAAGAAGUGCGGCGUAAGUAAUGCUCUCGAUGGCAAUGAAGACCAUCUUAUAUAUGAAGGGUACAACGAUGAUGACCAAGUGGAAGAAUAAAAUUCAGUGACAAUUUUCAGGGAUAUUAAAGGUCAGUUUGGUUUUAUAAACUAAGAUUUUUUUUUAGUCUGGCUUGGCAGUCAAUGGGAAAGAUUUUUUAAUUGCUUAAAAAUUAAGGCACUUCUUAUAGUCUGUAGUGUCCUGUAGUCCGUAAAAUACAUUGCCUCUGACGUGUCCAUGCCCUUGCUAGUGGAGUCCAAAUCACUAUUGAUACGAAAGAGUCGUGAGCCAAUCAAUGCGACAAGCAAUUCCAGUCUAUACUCUGUUCAUCAUUAGAAUAAACCUACAAACACAAACACGAUGAUUGUUCGGAAACCAUAGUAUACGUCCUUCUUAUGCAUUAGAUAUCUUAUUACUAAGCUACAGUAACCCGCUAAUGGCCAGAAGCAACUAAAAUUGCCAGUGAUAAACUGUACACAAUUUAACUGUUGGAAGCAGUUAUGGACUUUUUCUUUGUUGUUUAAAAUUUGAAGUAUCAGUAUUCAGUUCAUUGUUAUUGCUUAUGAAUGUUAAACCUCUUCAGUGAGUAUGUGUGUUAAAAACCACAUCGAUGAAAAAUCUUAAGACAAUAUAUGAGUACUUGAGUAAAUUUUCUUUGCUAUCUUGUAAUAAAUUGUCUAAAUUAUAUACAGCAUUUCUUUGGAAUUUGUAAAUUUGAUUUUAGCAUGAUUUAUGUUGGGGAAGGUGUGUCUGGCAUCUUUGGUUGCUACUGGGUAUUUGUGUUGUCUUUCAGGUGUGACAAUAAUGUAUGGACUGUGGGCGAAAUAAUAAAUUAUUUGAAGAAGAUUGAAACAGAACAAUACGAUCAAUUGUUAUCAUCGCUCCUUAUGGAGCACAUGGGUGAGAUCCUGAUAAAUAUGUCAUCUCCCUGCGCCUAUACUAAGGGCACAGGCACAAUUUCAGUUCGAAGAAAAUGAACAUGUUGAAAGUACAGAGGGAAAGAAUGAGGACAUGUUAAGGCAAAAUUUUCCAGUGAGUGACAGAAGUGAACAAGAAGCAGAAAUUGAGAAUUCUACAGACAUUCAAACUACAUUUCCUGCUGCAAAUACUGAGGGAAAUUGGAAGUGUGCAUCAAGUCAGAAUUUUGCAGUGCUUGGAGAAAGGGAUAAAAGGGCUAAAAGAGGUAGAAGCUAACUGAGGUUUGCGCAGAAACUCCAACCACAUCAAAUGUUAUAAAUACGAAGGGAUAGAGGAAGUAAAAAUUUUGCAGUGAGGACAAGAACCAGUAGAAGAUAUUGAAGAUUCGGCAGACACUCCAGCCCCAUCCAAAUGCCCAAAGACUAAAUCAUAUAUAAAACCCAUCACCUCAACUUGGAAUGAAAUGAAGAUUCCAAGCUGAAAACUAAAAGAAGUUACUUCAUUGGUGCUGCCCUGUGAACCUCAGUUGCAAAUAAGGUGGAAGGGAAAAUGGAGAAAUGCGAAUGCUGUAAUAUAUUAGUGCCUGCAAAGGAGUAUACAAAGCAUCUGCAAGACAAACGCCAUCGCCUGAGGGAGAAGAGAGUUAAUGAAAUGGUACAAAAUAGUGUUUUCAUAAGCUGUCUCCCUAUAGGUGUGAACGAAGGAAUGUUGAUUGAGGCACUGAGUAGGUUUGGAAAGGUGCGAACUUGUUCUAUUUUCAAGAAAUCAAAUAAUGCAGUUGCUGAGUUUGAGCAAAGAGAGGCAGCGAGAAAGUGUCUUCAAGAACCAGUGUAUAUUGGUCAAACACUUCUUAAAAUGGCCCCUCGCAGGAAACCAAAGCCGAAAGCUGAUCCUGCUCCAGUCCCGGAUUCUGAUGUAGAUUCCACAGAACUUAUAUCUAUUCUUGAAGGGGCUCAUUCUAAUGGCGUAAGAGAUGUUGAUGCCUUAAUUGAUUUGGCAGUCCAGACUGUGAGGUUACAGGAUCCUGAGCGAAACCACAAGCUGCGUAUGCUGCAGAGAGAUCUUGAAGAAUGCAUCUCGGAAUUGGUUCCAGGCUGCCAAGCACACCAGUUUGGAUCUGCUGUCACAGGUGUUCCACUUAGAGGAUCUGAUACGGAUAUUGUGAUGAUUCUGCCAGAGAUUUCUGCCAGAAAUUUUGAUGGUCCCCAGAUAGUGAGACGUGUACGUAAACUUCUAUGGACCCGUCACCGAAAAUUUGGGUCCAUUGUUGCAAUUCCUGAAGCUCGCAUACCUAUAGUAAAAAUCAUCCAUAUACCAACUGGCAUUGCUUGUGAUAUCAGCUUCCAAGGACAAGGAUGUGUACUUAAGAGCAAGCAGUUGUCUCAUGUAUUAGACAUGGAUUUUAGAAUACGACCACUUAUUAUUUUCCUGAAGUAUUGGGCAAAAUGUCACAAUAUAAUAAGUUUAUCCAGGUUCUCAAGCUAUGCAGCUACACUGAUGGUCGUGUUUUUCUUGCAACAACUGCCAGAACCAAUACUUCCACCAAUUCAGAAGAUUCUUCAUCCAGAUCCUGGGAAUCCAUGUAUGACUACAAGAAAUACAGAUUCUUUGAGCAAACUUGUUGAAGAGUAUUUCAGAUAUUAUAGUGAAACUGAUUUAACAUAUCAAGUGAUAUGCCCAUGGGUUGGCCAUCUAGUACCAUGUGAAGCAUUUUCUGAAACAUUGAAGGUCACAAUUCCAGAUGAGGUCAAGCAUAUCAGAAAUUUAUUAUCCAUGCACAACAAUUCUCUUGAGAUUAAUACUCCUCUGGUAGUGCAGGACCCAUAUGAAAUGAACCGAAAUGUUACAGAGAGGGUGAAAGAUAAAGAUUUUACUUUCUUCAGACUCUGUUGUGGAGAAGCAGUUAAAAUCUUAAGGGAAGGAGCACCAGCAUUGCUUUUUAAGGAUUUGUGUGUCCCAAGGGAAGUGGAUGACAGUUCAACUUUAAGUGCAGACCUUUUUCUAAAGCCAGAGUACCUUGGUGCAGUGGACAUUGCUGCUGAGUCAGCCAGACAAAUGCUAUUUGCACGUUGGACACAUGCUGUUGUUGCACUUGUUCCUGAAUUUUUAACUAGAUUUGUAAGGUUGAAGGUAGAACCAGUUGAUGAUACAAGGGGUCCAGUAUCUGUGGAGGAUUGUAUGAUUACUAAGUGUCUGCCACGUAGUUGGAAAUGUUCCGGCAAACCUGUACUGCACACGUGGAAUAUGCGCAAGAAGGCUGCCACAAAACAUAAAUUAGAUCCUAAACUCCCUAUGAUGGAGCGAGAAACACUGAUUUCACAGCAUCUAGAACAAGAGCCAUCAGAAGUUGAAAAUGCAUCAUUCAUUGUCCGUAUUAUUGCUGGAAGCAAAAAGGAGUCUCUUCGCUGUUGCCUCAUAGCACACACAGCAGAUGCAGCUCUCUAUCAUAUCAUUGCCAGAAAGCUCCAUUCACUUAUUCCCCUGUGGUUAAAUACUGCCUUUGUAUCCAGAACUGCAUUGAAUUACAUUCCUGACUUCUUGUCAACUAAUACAGAUGCAGGAAGUGCCUUGCCUGCUAAUGCAAUUGUAUGUGGUAAUACAGAAGAAUCAUCUGCUGCAGAGAUAGUUCUGGAAAAAGGUAACACAGACAAACAAGAUGAUGAUCUGUCCAGUUGAAGCAUUCCAUUCCAAGUGCUUCAUAGCUUUAACAGUGCGAUGAAAAUUGAAAGUUGGCAGUACUCUCCUCAUGGUUACCUCUCAUCCACAGUGAAAACUAAUUCUUUACAAUUAAGUGGUAUUUUCCAUGCACAGGUGAGAUGAGUAACAUUGUGUCAUGAAUUUUACUCAGGACAUUAACGACACUGCAACCAUUGUAAGGAAUAAAUGAAAAAAUUAAAUUGGUCUGCAUCAAAACUGUUUCCUUUGGAAAUGCUGAAAUCCCUUGUGAAACACAGCCUACAUGUUUGUAAAUAAAUAUUUGACUGGAAGCUAUUUUUUAUCAAUAUACACAAGCCAUCUGUGUAAUAUUGAAAGCUAAUUAAAUUUCAUUGUGUGUA